ACGUAAUGAGCGUAAAACAAGAUGGCGUCGUCUUAAACAAAAAUUGGUGUGAAUUAAUUUAUCGACGUAGACAACUGCCUCUCUUGAGGCUCCAGGGUUGUUUUACGGUUGUUCCGUUAAAUAAUAACCUUCACGAGCAAAACAGCGUGCUGUGGGCGUUUCUGAACGCCACAAAAUAGCCUUCGGAACUUGUGUCUUUUCUCCUGCGACCCUCCGGUGACAGCCGGGGAGGCGAGCUGCUGACAGACAGGAUGGACAGCGGAGAGUACAUCCCCACCAUGGAGAACAUGGACACGACUUUAGCGGAAUUAGGGGACGAAUUCACCCUGGGAGACAUCGACGAGAUGCUGCAGUUUGUCAGCAACCAGGUGGGGGACUUCCCAGACUUGUUUGAGGACCAGAUGGCCUCAGCAGGCUCUGUACAGAGUGGCGGUGCCAGUGCCGCCCUGCGACCUGCCGCUCAAACGCCUCGCACCCCCCAAACUCCACAGACCCCUGCUGCCUACCAGAGCUCCAGCGUCUGCCUCGUCGCCUCCCAGACACUGUCUCCCCAGUCUCUACCCCUCACACCUCCCCUCACUCCUGCCCAGACCCCCUCCCCCACCACUGCCUCCUCGGGGCAGCAGCAGGUGACCCGCAGCCCUCCGCUCCUUCAGCCACGGCCUCAGGUGGUCCAGCCCAUCCAGCCUCAGCCCCAACAGACGGCCCAGCCUGCCAUCCAGAUGCACACCCAGGGGAUCCCCAUGCAGACCCAGACCUUCCCGGUCCACACCCUGGUUCAGACCCACAGCCAGACGCCCAUGCCCAUCCAGACCCAAGCGGCCCAAACUGUGAUGAUUACCUCCAACGGUGGACGUUUCAUCCAGAACCCAGUCAUCUGCCACCAGAGCCCCCCUCCUGGUUUCCAAGUCCUCCAGCCACAGAUGCAGAGCAUUAUGACGUCACCACAGCUCCAACCAGUGACCAUUCAGCACCAGCGUGUACUGACCCCAACCGGUCAGACCAUCCAGACUCUCUCCACAGCGCCCACCACAGUCCACACCAUGCAACAGCAGGUGCAACAAGUACCUGUUCUGGUCCAGCAGCCUCAGAUACUGAAGACAGAUUCACUGGUUCUGACAACACUCAAACCAGAUGGCACACAGGUGCUGUCUACCAUGCAGAGCCCCGCAGGGAUCACCACCUUGACCACACCCAUCCAGAACACAGCUCUGCAAGUCCCGACACUGAUGAGCAGCAACAUCCUGACUACCGUCCCUGUUAUGAUGGGAGGAGGAGACAAGCUGCCAAUCAAGCAGCUACAGCCAGGCUCCACCCACUGCACAAACGGCGCCAGAUCCAGCAUGGAUCAAGGCCAGCUAAUGGGAGGAGUAGUAGGCCCGGGAGGAGUGGUGAAGGAGGGCGAAAGGAGGACAACCCAUAAUAUCAUCGAGAAGAGGUACCGGUCCUCCAUCAACGACAAGAUCAUCGAGCUCAGAGACCUGGUCAUGGGAAAUGACGCGAAGAUGCAUAAGUCAGGAGUGCUGAGGAAGGCCAUUGACUACAUCAAGUACCUGCAACAGGUCAACCACAAACUACGCCAGGAGAACUUGGCCCUUAAAAUGUCCAAACAGAAGAACAAGACAGUGAUACUGUCUGAAGAUGUGGAGCUUAAACAGGAAAUAGUGAUGAUGUCACCACCAGCCUCGGACUCUGGUUCUGGUUCCCCGCCCCAGUUCUCUCCUUACUGUGUGGACUCAGAGCCAGGCAGCCCCUUACUGGAUCACGAGCAGAUGAAGAGUGAGCCAGAUUCUCCCUCCUCGGUUGGAGUGAUGGAUCGUUCUCGACUGCUUCUCUGCGCCCUCACUUUCUUCUGCCUGUCCCUAAACCCCUUGCCAUCUUUGUUGGGCUCUGAGGCCUCUGAGAGCACCAGCCUAUCUGCGGGCCAUGUGCCGUCUAGAGCUCUUUUCUGGUUCCCGAGUCACACCCAGGACUUUGCAUCCUGGCUGCGGUGCCUGUUGCCGUGGGUGAUGGUGUGGGUGCUGAGCGGGGUGGGAGCGGUGUGGGGCUGUGUCAGGGUGCUCUACCUGUGGGAGCCUGUCACACCACUUCACUCGCCAAAAUCUGUGUCAUUCUGGAGGCAUCGCAAACAAGCCGACCUGCAUCUCUACAGGGGAGAUUACACAGCAGCCAUGGCCAGUUUAGAGACCUGCCUUUCUGUCUUGACCAGAGCUCUUCCUUCAACCAACCUGGACCUGGUCUGCUCACUGUCCUGGAAUCUGAUUCGCUACUGCUUGCAUCGUCCAACCCCCCUGGGCUGGCUGGUUCAUCAGGUUAGAGGAAAGCACGAGGGGGAGGAGGCUAGGACUAGUGCGAAGGACGCAGCACUGGUUUACCACCGGCUGAGCCAGCUGCAACUCACAGGAAAACUGCCUCAGCGUAGCAGCUUGUGGGCUUUGUCUCUGUCUCUGAGCGCUGUCAACCUCAGCGAGAGCGCCCAAGGCAAGAUGGCCCCCGCCCAGCUCACCCAGAUCUAUGUCACUGCAGCGACAGCCCUGCGCACCAUGCUGGGCCACCACCUGUCCUGUCUACCUGGUUAUCUAUUGAGUUGUGCAGAGAGUGUGGCCAACCAAUCAGAGACCAAGCCGAUCCCUGACUGCCUACGCUGGCUCUUCACCCCAUUGGGUAGGCAGUUCUUCCUGAGUUGCGAUUGGUCGGUGAAGUCUGAGAGCACCGACGGGGUAUACACUUCUCAGAGAGACCCAGCUGACCCCAUUGCUCAGCUGCACCGCUGUUUCUGCAGGAAACUUUUGGAGAGAGCUGUUCACACCCUGAUCCAGCCGCAGGGCGACCAUGAAGCAGGCAAGCGCAAGACCGAGUCUGGGGAGUUUUCCAGUGCCCUGGAGUUCCUCCAGUUAUUGAACAGCUGUACAGAGGACUCUCCUUCUCCUCCUCCUCCCUUCUCAACUCCUCCCAAUCACACCACCACUCCAGUGGGAGACCCAGUCAGUCGUUGGUGGGCUUUGGUCCUGAAGGCUGCCGUGCAUUGGCUGCAGGGUGACGAUGUUGCAGUGAGGUCACUGUUGGCGGAAGCAGAGCGGAUGCCGAGGGCUCUACACACGCUUGACCACCCUCUGCCUAAGGCUGUGCUGCCACUUUGCAAGGCAGUUCAGAUGAGUCUGACCCCUCUGAAGGGAGAAGGGGCGGUAGCCUGUCUCUCCUACUGCGACAGAGCCAGCAGCUACCUGCGCGCCAGCGUAUCAGUGCCCGUAGCCCAAUCUGGAAACUGGCUGAACAAGGGAGUGGAGCUCCUGGUCUGUGACCUUCUGCUGACCUUGAGGACCAGUUUAUGGCAGAGGGGAGGCAGUAGUAAUGGAGAUCCUGGCCCAGCCCCUGGAUCCCAGUUGGCUGGUUUCCAGAGGGACCUCAGCACGCUCCGAAAGCUCACACAGUGUUACAGACAGGCACAGCACAAGGUGUUUCUUCAUGAGACCACAGUGAGGCUGAUGGCUGGGGCCAGUCCCACAAGGACACACCAGCUGCUGGAACACAACCUCCGACGCAGGACACACAGCUCCUACACAGCCGAAGGUGAGUGCGUCCUGGGUGAGAGGGAAAGGGCUCAUGCCAUCUUGCUGGCGUGCCGCCACCUGCCCAUGCCGCUGUUAACCCCACCCGGACACCGUGCCCGCCUGCUGGCCGAGGCCAAGCGCACCUUGGAGCGGGUGGGAGACCGUCGCUCUCUGCAAGACUGUCAGCAGAUCCUGCUGCGCCUCAGCGGUGGCACGACCAUCGCUGCCUCCUGAACCACCGCUGCCGUACACACUGGUAGAUCAAACACGGACAGACUGGGGCUACUCACGUUAUAAUAAAAAAGUUAACUCUGUAUUUUGCCAUCAUACAUACAAAGAUGUAAACCAGGCUACUCAUCCACAAACAACAUUUAAUUUCAUAAUAACUCCCUCAUACUCAAGGUCCAUGAAUAUAAAGACUUUUCUUCAAACUGCCACACUUAUCUCACACACAGAUGAUUUUUACUGUCAUGCCCUGUAUCCACACUGCAGCUGAAACACUGGAAGGCUAGAUAUUAACUCCUAUCAUGCUCAGUUUCACAGCACAAUCAUGCCACCUCCUGGUCAUUAAUGGUACCACGCUGGCUAACUGCCUCAUUUUAAACAAUGCUACUCAACAAGGAAAAUCAGGUUAAAUAGGCCCCAAAGGGAAAAGGGACCAUUAUCUAAUAGCUGUUUUAAAUUAAUGCAAUGCUGCAGUGCAUUGAUUAGCUGUAGGAUACCAAGCUGUACAAUCAUUAUUGAAACACGGCAAUGUGAGUGCUACAAUAACUGUAAUGUCUCAUUAAACUUGCAAGCUUCAA